AUGACUGAAAAAGGGUAUGAGGGAGAGCAGUCUUCUGCUUGGGACAUCCCGGGACCGUCAUCAAUAGCGGCUAUAUUAGAUACAGUUUACACAUCAACGACGUCUGAAAAUCCGUCAAGAAGUGAGGAAAUGGAAUGUGAUCCAUUAUUCGCUGAAAGUGAUGACGAAGUCGAAGUAUUACCAUCUGCUGAAAAUGCAUCUGCAAGGAGAGCUUCGACACCUAAAAACGCUAUAUCAUCGAAUUACGUUAAUUCAACAUCCCCGAAUCAGCCUUAUGAAGUAAAUGUGGCUUCCUUGUCCCAGCCCAUACCAGCACAUACUCCGGUGCCAGAAGAAUAUCAGCCAUUACCCGAUAGCUCUAGUUCAGUAGAAUACGGUAUUGGAAUCAACAAUACCGAUAGCACCAAUAUCAAUGGCUCAAGAUAUCAGGAUGUUAAUAUGAGAUAUCAACCAAAGCCUAUCAAUCUUCAAGGUGGCUACUUCUAUUCUAACUACCCCCAUUAUGCUAGUGUUAGACCCGCUAGGGAAUAUUUAGUUGCACCAUACCCCACAAACAAUAUGAUUGUUCUGGGUGAAGAUAGAGGUUUUGUGAAUCAGCCAAUAAAUUAUACUCUUUCUGCUAAUCGCCCUCCAGUAAUCCAAGAUAGUAAUAUGCCUCAUGUAGGAUAUGAGCAUAUACAACCCACGGUCAAUGAAAGUUUCAAUCCUUUUGCUGGAAACAGAAGUCACAAUGAAUCGAGAGGGAAUGGCCUCGAAAGACCAAGUCGUAAAUUAAACAUAUCUCCAAGAAGAAAGCUUUCAAAAGAAAAUGAAGUGAACUUAAAUUUGAUAGAAGUAAGUUCAGAGGAAGAAGACAAUUCGGCAUCACAAAAUGUAAAUUUGAUUGACAGUUCAAGUAGACAAAUGCCCAACGUAAAUGCCGCUGGUAGUUCAAGAGCUUCAGUCAAUGAAAAUAUUGCCAGAGUGGAUGUGAAACGUGAACCACAGGAAGACACAGAGUCGUUAAAUCAACCGAAUCAAAGUCAACCCGAACCAAUGCGCACAAACCGGCCAGCCCAUCAGAAUCAUUCACCGGGGGCAGUCAGAUACAAAUGUGCGAAACAUCGUCAUCAAGUGCAAGUGAAACAGGAGCCGCAUAGCUGUGCCUGCAGGAGCAAUCACUUGCAUUCAUGCUCGCAUCACAAUCAGAACGCCCACAGAUCGAGCCCCAACUACUUCAACUACCGCAACGGAUCGCAUCAUCAUCGUCAGCCAUUCCCUUGCGCCCACAACUCAUCCGCACCAACGAAUCCAGUAACUAACAUCAAAGAAGAACCAAUCACCCAGCCGGUUAUCAAAGUCGAAUCGCAGAAUGUAGAUAAUGAACCUAAUGUAGCAGUUAUUAAGCUUGAAAAUGCACCGGUUGUAGUGAAAUCCGAGCCAAACGUGUCAAGUCCGCAGCGGAGUAAACAGGGUAGUACAGUGCAAGUUAAGCAAGAAGCGAGGUGUUGCGAUGUUGAAGCCGGUGGUGAUAGAAGGAUAAAGGAAUCCUCGCCUCAACCGGGGACUAGCUCGGGACGAAAUGCACAAGAAAAUAAUACGUCAGCUAGUCAAAGUGCUAGUUCCUAUCAGGAAGUUCAAAGAGGUGCAGAUGCAUCAGAUGCAAGUGCAAGUGUAGGUGCCAGUGGUAACAGAAACGUUCUGUCCGCUCCAGAUCUACAACUCGAUUGGGUCUCCGAUUCAAGUUCUGAUGAUGACGUGCAAUUGUUAAGAGAAGAACAAAAUACGCGUGAAGUGAUUGAUUUGACACCUCGCGGGCAGACUCCCGAAGUAGAGAAUCGUUCGCGGCCACUGUUUGAAUCGGUGCCUCAUAGAGACCCGCCCCUAUAUCACACGCCGCCCGUACCAACACACGCGCACGUCUUACAUAGAACCAGGGUGCGUUGUUUGAUGGCGUGUCGCGGUUGUUGUUGCGCGUCCCACGGCGGUCACGGGCACGCCCACGCCGCCCACGGACACACUCACGGGCACGCUCACGGCGCCCACGUGCCGCUUGCGCCUCACGCCCACGCGCCGCAUACAACGCACAAUCCUCCGCCGCUUGCACACCUAGGUGAACGGCGUCGAGAUACAAAUCCUAUAGCGCCGCCCUAUUUGGUUCACGAGAGAUUGUGGCACCGUCAACAACAUAUGCUGGAAGUUCAACGUCGCAGUAUGAUGGGUGAUAUGAGCGGUUUGGCUUCGGGUUUCUCACAGUAUCCACCGUCAUAUAUAUCACCUCGACCUAACACAAUGCUUGCGUUCCCCGACGAUAUGGAUCAACCGCCUUCAAUAAUGUUGGAGGGCCAGCAUGUACAUCAUCAUAUGCAUCACUACCUACAAAUGCAUCCACCGCAUCUACACAUAUCAAUACAACCAUCGGUUAUGGGUGGUGGUUUAGGCGCUACUCAGAUGGCUGCCUUAGUGCGAGUGGCCGAGGCUGCGGAGGCUCGACGAGCGGCCCGCGGCGCCUCACGAGCUGUUAUAGAGAGGAACACGUACAGACAUGCAUACACCAUGCCGUCUAACCACAGGGACGAUAAAUGCACUAUAUGUUUAUGUGUGUUCGAGAUAGACUCGGAUUGCAGACGACUGCCUUGUAUGCAUCUGUUUCACAUGGAGUGUGUGGAUCAGUGGCUGAGCACCAACAAACACUGUCCCAUAUGCCGAGUUGAUAUUGAAACACAUCUCAACAAGGACGCCACAUUCUAA